CCAAUUGAAGUUCUUGACUGCAUUUUUCAAGAUGAGAUUUAGCAAAACACUUGAGUCUCAAUUAACAUUUGAGUGGCGUGAACAAUAUCUGAACUAUGUUGAACUUAAGAAUAUAAUACUUGAUGCUGUGCAUCAUGCGCCAAAGGACGAAUCAAUUACUCAAUACUAUCACAAUUUCGAGUUGGAAUUCUUUGCUGUAUGCGAAAGGGAAUUGGCGCGCGUUGAAAGAUUCUAUGCGCAGAAAUUGGCUGAGGCGCGUCGCAAGUUCAGCGAGUUGGAGCUGCAACUGCGAGCGACGCAGCAGCGUAAGCUGCAGGCCUCAAUUUUGCGGCAACUUGGCCUGGCCUGCAGUGAAUUCUAUCUGAGCAUGAUAAUGCUGCAAAACUAUCAGAGUCUGAAUUACACUGCAUUUCGCAAGAUAUUGAAGAAGUACGAUAAGCAGCUAAAGGCUACUAAAGGUGGCUUAUGGUUUGCUCAGCAUGUGGUUGGUGCUUCGUUUGCCAACGAUAAGGAGCUGCGUGGCAUGAUAGUUAAAAUGGAACAGCUUUAUACUCAAUAUCUAACCAAUGGAGAUCGAACCAAGGCUAUGAACAAGUUGAGAGUGCCGCCUUUGGUGAGAAAGACGCCGUCGGGCACAAUAUUUACAGCUGGUUUGAUAACGGGACUAUUUAUUGUAAGCAGCACUAUGGUCAUAUUAUCGUACGCCUUUCGCUACUCUCCAGAUAGUCCAAUAGUCUAUUUCUUUCGCCUAUUUCGAGCUACCGUCUUUUUGGUACUAUUUCUAUUUCUAUUUGCAUUGAGUUCUGAAAUUUGGCAACGAUCUGGCAUUAAUCAUGUGCUCAUCUUCGAUAUUGAUCCACGCAAUCAUAGUCCGCCAGCUCUGUUUUUAGUAGUCGCCAGCACAUUGGGCUUGAUAUGCUCCAUGUGCAUGUUGGGCUUUCUACAUCAUAUGGAGUUUGCUAUAAAGGAACCAUAUCAUUUUCCAUCUUUGGCCAUAGUGGUGCCAAUACUAUUGUUGAUCAAUCCGUUGUGCAUUAUGAAGUUCAAGGCAAGAAUGUUAAUAUUAAAAAAGUUUGGAAGAAUUUUUGCCGCGCCAUUUUUCCAUGUAAACUUUUCAGACUUUUGGAUUGCAGAGCAAUUUAUAUCUCUUGUGCAAAUCGGCGUGGAUUUUUAUCAGCUAGUACGCUUCUAUAUACUCUACUAUAGAGAUCAUGAUAUAAGCUACACUUUUGAGCCAGAUGUAGUGGUGACUGUAAUACGUUGUUUGCCCCCUUGGUUCCGCAUAGCUCAAAGUUUGCGCCGCUUUAGGGAUACACGCUGGAGAACCCCGGACUAUAUGAUAAAUGCACUCAAGUAUUUCAGCAUGAUAAUUGUUGUAAUAUGCUCACAUAUGCAAAUGGACUCUAUGUCUCAAUAUGAAAAGUUAUUCGACAAUGGCUGGACUUGGGCUUAUGUAAUCACCUUUUGUUUCUCAGCUACGUACUCCUUAGUUUGGGACUGUUACAUGGACUUUGGUCUAUUCAAAAUAUGGCGUGGCAAGAACAUAUUUCUGCGUGAGAAUUUGGUCUAUCCCAAGACUACUUAUUAUGCCAUAAUUGUUUUUAAUAUAUUAAUACGCUAUGUGUGGAUGUUGGAGCUGAGCUUGAUUUAUUAUAAUGUGCUGCGCGCUUUUUACAGCAAGUCCAUUUGCUUCAUAUUGGAGAUCAUAAGACGCUUUACUUGGAAUUUACUGCGCUUAGAGAACGAACAUUUGCAUAAUUGCGGCGAGUUUCGAGCAGUACGUGAUAUAUUCCUAAUGCCCGUGAAUUUGCAGACAGAUUAUCACAGCGAGGAUGAGGAUGAUACAAAAAAAUCGAAAAUUAAAAGGAAAUAAAUAGUGGUUUCGACUAAUUGUCGUAGCACUUAAGGCUAAAAACUGAACAACAAUGAAGAUGCAGUGAAGCAUGAAACCAAAAAUCAGGAGGGAGCGAGUGCUGAAGCUAUCGAGACUGCUUGUUGCAUACAAAUUGAAUUUGAAAUUAAUUUCACAUUUACGAAAUUAAAACCACAAAUGGAAUUAUAAAUUCAGCACACACAAGUGGGGGGGAACGAACAGGACACAGGACUUUGCCUGC